AAGAUUUAAAAUGAUAUAAACAGUAUGUCAAUUCAACUGUCAAAGUUUUAAAGAUCUUCUUUCGUUUUCAAUGAAGCGAGUGCGUGUCAAAUCUUUCUUUAGGAACGCAUUUACUGGAAUUAAAUACUUUUCAUAACGUUAGAAUGUUUGUUGUAUAAAAUCUUAAAAUGGAAGAUUGUACACUUCCUCUUGAUAAAAAUGAAUUCGACUCACUAGAUACUGAUGAAUGUAGCACAACUGAAGACGGCGGAAGUCUAGACGAAGAGGUUCCGGAAGUAAGGCAACGCGCUCCAUCACACGCUGUCAUUACCUCUAUAUCUGAAGAUGAAAACUUGAAAGAGUCAACACCAAACUGGGAAGAUUAUAAGGAAAUAUUCAACAAGUUCGAUGCAGACAAAGAUGGCUACUUGUCAUCGAAUGAUAUCAGACAAGUUCUGCAUGCCUAUGGUAUUGUUUCAACUGAGGGCGAGUUACAAGAGGUGCUAGCGGAAUUCGACAAGAAAGGCAAUGGUUUGGUAACUCUGGACAAAUUCGUGUCUGUAAUGAACAGCCACAAAGGUCCGUUCAGUAAAAAAGACGAAAAAGAUUUUGAAUUUCACGAGGUGUUUAGAGUGCUCGAUAAGACCGGAACAGGAAGUAUAACCCCACAGGCUCUGUGUGAGUUUAUGGCAGAAUUUGAACCUUCAUUUGAUGAGGAACACGCUUUUGACCUUGUUAAGCAGUUUGACACAAAGGGCAAUGGUGAUUUGUGUUUUGAAGAUUUUGUGAAAUUAUUAAUAGCAAGGGUUUGAUUUGAUGUGAGGAUUACAUUCAGUAACGACAACUGGAUCCAGACUUCUGUCUCUCUACAAGAGUUACUCCUCUUCACCGGUGUCCUGGAAGUGCCAACCAGUGGGAACAAUCUAAGUUCUGCAUACUGUUAUACGUCUUUUUUUUUAAUUACAAUUUAAUAAGACUCUUUAUCCUUCCAUAAUAAACGCACAUAAAUAAA